AUGUUGUUACCACCGUUGACGAAUUUGAGCAGCAUCGCCGCCGCGCAAAAUGUAAACCAGACGUUGUCGUCCUGCCUGGAGAACUCUCAGCAGGCCGCGUGUCGACCCGACAUUCUGGCCUUCAUGACGUUUUUGAUCGGCUUCUUGAGCUCGUCGCGCGAUGUACCGAAUAAACGCCAGUCGUCCAGAAGGAGUCCGAAAAAUCGGGACAACCACAACAACAUGAACGACCACUACGAUUUCAUAGUGGUUGGAGCGGGCGGCGCUGGCCUCGUCCUCGCCAACAGACUUAGCGAGAUCCCCCAUUGGAAGAUCCUCGUGCUGGAGGAGGGCAGCGAGCAGCCGUACUUCAACGAGAUCCCGGCGAUGCUCAUCACCAAUCCGACGAGCGAGAGCACCCACACGUUCAGCAGCGAGCCCGAGCCGUUCGCCUGCGCCGGCAAUCCCAACAAGGCCUGCCUGUUGCCCUGCGGAAAGGGCGUAGGGGGCACCACCAGCAUGUACGGCAUGCUGUACACGCGCGGCACCCGGGCCAACUACGACGAGUGGGCCGAGCUCGGCAACAAGGCCUGGAGCUACGAGGCCGUGCUGCCGUACUUUCUCAAGUCCGAGGACAUGAGGGCUCCCAGUAUACUGAAGCAGAGUCCAGGCGUGCACGGGGUCGGCGGCAAUCUCGCCGUCGACUACUUCGCACAUCGCGACAACGUCUCGCUGGCCAUUCACGACGCUUGGCGCGAGCUCGGCUAUCCGGAGAUCGACUACAAUCGCGGCUACAACGUCAGCGGCGUCUCGAGGAUGCAGCACUUGACGCGCGACGGCACCCGCGACGGCAGCAACGCCGCCUAUCUGCGACCGGUGCGCGCCACCCGGGCGAAUCUCGCGGUACGCACGAGGUCGCGAGUCGUGCGCAUCCUGAUCGACCCGAAGACCAAACGCGCCCGAGGUGUCGAGUACGUACAGCUAGAGGAUGAUAAGAAAGUUGUGAAAAAGGCCUGGGCGAGGAAGGAGGUGAUCGUGUCGGCAGGCGCGAUCGAGUCGCCGAAGCUGCUCAUGCUGUCGGGUGUGGGCCCCGCCACGGAAUUGACCGCUCACGGAAUUCCGGUGCUGCAGGAGCUGCCGGUCGGGCGCAAUCUGCUGGACAGCGUGAAGGUCGAGGCGCUGACGUUCGACGUGGAAGAUCGCUGGAUGACCAUGGAGGUCGAGGAGAUAAGGCGCGACGUCAAUCAGUGGCUGAGGACGCACGAGGGACCUUUGGCAGCCCUCGGCAGCCUCGAUACCGUCAAUCACUACAGCGUGUCCAAUGAGACGAGACGACGAGACGUGCCGGACGUGAGGAUCGACUUCAUCGGCAAGAUGUAUCGUAGCAGCGGCCGCGUCGAGAUGAUGACCUUCGUGCCGCGCGCCUACUACAACAAGGUCCAGCUCAUCGUGGUGCUGCUGCGCCAACGUAGCCGGGGCGAGGUGCGGCUCAACCGCACCGAUCCCGUCUGGGGCGACCCGUCGAUCAGCGGCAAUUACCUGAGCGAUCCGCAGGAUCAGCGGCUCGUCGUCGAGGCCAUACGUCGCGCCAAGAAGAUCUUCGACGCGCCGACCUUCGUCGCGAGGGGCUUCAAGGAGAAUCCGGUCUCGGGCUGCAAGGACCUGGAUGCCUCGGCCGAGUCCGAGGCCUACUACGAGUGUCUGCUGCGUCGCUACUCUCUGCCGGGCUUCCAUUACGCGGGUACGUGUCGAAUGGGGCCCUGGGCGGACGGCACGUCGGUGGUGGACGAGCGGCUGCGGGUCCACGGCGUGCGGGGGCUGCGAGUCGUCGACGCCUCGGUGAUGCCGGCCGGGGUCAGCGGCAGCACCCUCGCCGCCACGGUGAUGAUCGCCGAGAAGGCCAGCGAUCUGAUCAAGGCCGAUUGGACGGAGGACGCGCGCAGGCAGCGGCCCUACCAUCACGAUAUGAACGAUGGAGAUAUUAAUAAUAAUAUGCAUCAUAAUGUACAUAGUGAAUAG